AACUACUGCGAAUUCGACAAUAUGGGAGUGAAAGGUCUGCAGUAUUUCCUUGACCGAUGCUGUCCACAAGCCUGUGUCACAGUCAACCUGAGAGAGAUGGCCAGGCAGCAUGCAGCCAAAACAACAGACGACACUUGCAGACCCACACUUGUUGUGGAUGGCAUGGCUUGCCUACGACACUGGUACAUGUGUGAGGACUGGGUGUGUGGAGGCCAGUGGAAGGAGUAUAUGGACAUCCUGCAGUCCUGGGUGGAAACCUUCACGUCAGCAAACAUCAGUUUGGUUUUCUUUUUUGAUGGUGUGGUUGAGGAGAAGAAGAGAAUUGAGUGGACAAGAAGAAGGUGCAGAGUCACCAAAGAUGUGGCCAAAAUUUUUUGCCACAUCAAGAUGCACGGAAAGCAACCUGUUUCUCCUUCCUGUCUGCCCUCUGGUCUAGCAACAUUUACACCAUUCGCCCUGAAGUCUUUGGGCCAGAAGGUGUUCUGCUCAGUACAGGAAGCAGACUAUGAGAUUGCCAGCUAUGCUCUACGAGAGGAAUGCAUUGGAAUCCUGGGCUUGGACUCAGAUUUCAUCAUAUAUGACAGUGCUCCUUACCUGUCCGUGACAAAGCUUCAUAUGGACACACUUACCACAGUAAAGUACGACAGACAGAAGCUCUGCCAAAAACUGGAGUUAUCAUUGCCACAGUUACCCCUGCUGGCCUGUAUCCUGGGUAAUGAUGUUGUGUCAGAGGAGCAGAUGAAACACAUCAGGAACACUGCAAUUGAGACUUACAGGAAAGGAAAUCCUGCCUCCAACCCUCAGGAUGGUCAUAUGGUUCUUGCUGUCUCCCACUAUCUGAAAUCUAUGUGGAGCGGCGUGGAAGAAGAGCUUGAUCUUUCACCUCUAAAUCUUUCAGCGGCAGACAAAGAAGUCCUGAAAAUGGGAAUUUGCUUCUACUCUUUGCCUGGGCAGAAAACCUUUCAGUCCAAUGACAGCCAUACUUUUCUCCCUGCAUUUAAGAAGUAUGUCAGUCCAGAAGUAUUGGAGUCUUGCAGGGAAACUCACAUUACGGCUGAGGGUUUCAUGGUCUAUGGUGUUUUAUGUGAAGGAGUGCUUGAAUGUAGCAACAGUCUGGAGGAUGAAGACGACAAGGAACUGCUCCCUCAGGCAGUCGUCUACAAACCCUGCCGAAGACGAAUGUACGGUCUCUUGCUGCAGGACUCUGGCAAUGAUGACGAACUUCCAGUCAUUAAAGAAUGGUUUGUCUAUCCGGGAAAUCCUCUGAAGCAACCAGAUCUGGUCCAACCUGCAACAGUUAGCCUGAAGUGCAGUCAGCACAAUCUGGAUUUGUUGUGGUUUGGCUCUGGUCCAGAGGUUUCUUCUCUUCGCUUGCACUCUUUCUUCUUCAUCUUUGACUGCCAGGAGUUGUCAGAAUUACAUGGAGACAUAGAAGACUCACUGCUGGCUACUGUCUGUGUGGUUACCUACAUGGUCCUUCAGGUGCCUGCUUUAUCAUUGGAGGAUGUGGACGCUUACCUGUGCCAAGCAGUGUGUCUGAGGCUGAAAUCAUCUCAAGAGCUCCAGCAAAUAGAGCUGCCAGUCCUCUCCAGCCGAGCAGUGCAGCUUGGCUGCCUCUACGUUCGAGGACUCGGCCACUUGCUCGGUGCCAAUUGUGCCAGUGGCAGCCCACUGGUCUGUGAGGCCUUUAUGCCUUGGCAGAGUUUCGAUGGGCGACUGUUCCACUCCAAAUACCUGCUGUCACACAGCAACACAGAACGUCUAGUGCUCGUGGACAACAACGCUUCCUCGCUCUCCUUAUUUGACACCCUGAGACAAAAAAUUAUAGAAGUCUGUGAAAGCAAGAGCAGAGUUCUGCAGUCUAGGCCCAAACCCUGCCAACUAGCUAAUAGAAGCCCAAACGAACAGCGACCCAGCUGGGGACGUUUUGGUCAUCAGCCGACUGGCUGGAGAGGCAGAGGGGAGAUGAGGAGGCGAGGAUGGACAAAGAGAGGAGAGUCAGAGAGAGGGCACUACUACCAUCAUCGCCAUGACAGACCAGGACAUUUCAGUCCUCAGUCUUCUCCUUAUCCCAGUGAUGGAGAUCAACAAAGUGGCUUCCCUCCACAUCAGUCCAGAAGCAGACCACAUCCCAGAAGGGGAAGAUAUCAAAUGGCCCCAAGAUGGCCUCCUGCUCCUGGAAACUAGGACUGGAGGAUUAGAGCACUGGAGGAGUUAAGAGAACGGGUUUUGUCCGUGAUCGUUAUACUGAUGCUGGAAGAAGCAGCAGGUGUUAUAGGAUGACAGAGAUGGAAUGUGAUGACGUGCUCCAAGUGCCAAAUAUCCAUAUUGUCCUGCACCAUACUUCCACUGUCCACUCAGUCAGCAAUUUGAUUUAGCAACUUCAGUGCACACAUGAAGGUUCACUUCUUUAAAACUUGGAGUAAUAUUUUUCAAGAUUUUUCCUGUCUGACUCUCACAAACAACAAAUCACUUUUAGAUUUUAAACUCCAUAUUUUCCCCCAUAUAUAUUGAUUCAUAUUGACUUAAAGAUGUUUUCAGCAAAGCAAACGGAUUGGUAUGCAUGCAUUGUUCUACAUGGAGCAAGAAGUUUUAUUCAAAGUGCCAAAAAAAGACUGUCAUAGUUGAUCAGGAUUUGAGUUAAUCUUAAGCUCUCAACCUAACAAAGUGAAAGAAAAUAGCAACUGAACUUUCAUACAUUUUUCAAUGACUUGAUGGAAAAGCACAUUUUAGACAGAAAAAACACUUUUCUCAAAAUCCUCCCACCGAGCCAGAGCAGUGUAGUAUUGCGGCCAUGAGGCCCUUGAUGUGGCCCACAUGGCCAAAAUUACAAACAAAAUUGAUGGAUAUUGAAAAGCUAUUAGAUAUGAAAGCUAAAGAAAAAGCUAUUAGAUAUGAAAAUAUUAGCUAUACAGACACCAUUUUACAUUGUGAUGUUCCCAAAACAACAACACGUCAAGACAAUAUUUAAUAAUAAGCAUGUAAAGUCAAGUAAUGUAUGAUUAAACAACAUAUUUCAAGCAAUUAUGCCAAUUUCGUGCCAUAAUUUGCCUACAAUCUAGUUUGGCCUUGUUUUAUAUCAUUGAAUAACCAAAAUUAAGUUACAUUUUCUUCAGUCCUGUGUUUUGACACAUUAGAUCAUGUGGCCUCUGAACAAAUUUGGUUGCCCACUGCUGGUUUAGUUUAGUAGAUACACACCUAUUGUCACCUUCACCUUCACCUUCUUCUGCCGCUUAUCCGGGGUCGGGUCGCGGAGGCAGCAUUCGGAGCAAGGAAGCCCAAACUUCCCGGUCCGCACAAACCUCCUCCAGCUCCUCCCGGGGGAUCCCGAGGCGUUCCCAGGCCAGACCGGAGACAUAAUCUCUCCAGCGAGUCCUGGGUCUUCCCCGGGGUCUCCUCCCGGUAGGACAUGCCCGGAACACCUCCCCAGGGAGGCGUCCAGGGGGCAUCCGGAUCAGAUGCCCGAGCCACCUCAGCUGGUUCCUCUCGAUGUGGAGGAGCAGCGGCUCCACCCCGAGCUCCUCCCGGAUGACCGAACUCCUCACCCUAUCUCUAAGGGUGCGCCCAGCCACCCUGCGGAGGAAACUCAUCUCAGCCGCUUGUAUCCGCGAUCUCAUCCUUUCGGUCACUACCCAAAGCUCGUGACCAUAGGUGAGGGUGGAAGCUCUCGAUUUACCGAUCGAUCCACACCUAUUGUCAGUUAUUGGAAUUUUUCGUUUUUAAGGAAUUUUCAGGAAAUUGUUUUCUGUUUUGACUGAAUCGAACUGGAACACAUUAAUAAGUCAACAACCAGAACUGGUCUGUGAUUCAGUGCUGUUGUCCUUCCUCAUGAUCCACUGUCAAGUGUCUCUUCAUGGUAAAAAUAAAGGUGGUGUGUGUAAUUUAUCUUCUGGCGGGUCAAGCCAGGAAUGCUUGUUAAUGUGCACCUGUCUCCAGUGUGAGCAUAUCAUGAGCUAGACAGCAACAAACGCCGUGACAGCCUAAACACACAUGCUAUAACGCUUAAUGUCAGCAAACAGAGGUGAAGUGUGGGCUAAUCAUAACUCUUCUCUUCCGUUAGCUGUUCUUCCUCUUGUAUCUGGGAGUCCCUCUGUCACAUUUACCUUCAGUUUUAGGUUGGUAGGCGUCUUUGCUAUUCAAGGAAAGAAGUUCACAAUGAGAAAAAUGUUGAUUUAUUUGAGGUUUGUUCUUAAUGAAUUUUGAUUGUUUUAAGCAAACAUUUCAUUAGUAUUCUGUGGUGCUCUACUAGAUCGCUUGGAAAAAGAAAAUAUUGUUUUUCUUUAAACUGACCAUCACCAUCAGUCAUAUACUUAUGUCACCCCUGCUGCCCCCGCCUUCCCCCCCACAGCCUCGCUGCUGGAAACUGCUGCCUCUGUUCUUCUCUUCUGCCAUUCUUGUGUUAAUUCAUGAAUCAUGACACUUCCACUCUUUCUUCUGCUCGGCGGCUCAUUCAUAUCGCUCGGCCUCUCCUUCUCACUCUGGCUGCUUCCGUAACGGUUUAAGGCUCCACAGAUGACUUUCUGUUGCCACUUCCUCUGAUGUGCUGAUGGGUCACAUGCAUGACGAGCAGGUUAACAAACGGCCAGGUUUGGGAGGUGGGAAUGGUCAAAGGUCGGGAUAACCGGGAAACCCCUUUUGCCGGCGUAACGUGAGGUUUCUUUUGCAAUGCUUUUAUCUCAAUUUGCACUUUCAUGAAGCAAAACCAGCCCUUCAGAUCUUGCUGCGGACAAAACGUUAUGAUGAAUAUUAUCUGUAACUGAUACGUCUUCCUUUCAGUAAUUGAAGGCUAUGAUUCUUCUUCAAGCAUCAACACUUUGAUUUUUACAGAUUCAGUGCUAAUAUAAUCUCAUCUUUAAUCACAUAUUGCUGGCGAAUGGUAACACUUGAAAAUUGUUAUUUUCUUCGUUAAUAUAUGGGGUUUCCAGGUUUUUAGUUGACUUUCAAUUGGUGUUGAGUUUAAUUUCAAGACCGACUGUAUGUACUUAAAGCCCUUGUGGGUCACAAUGACCAGCUCCAUUGGAUGUUGAAAACGAUCAGGCUCCGAGAACUGACUGAGGGCCAGUUCAGUCCCGUUUUUGUGGGGGUUUUUUUUGUCAAAAGUCACUCAUGAUUGGACAAAAUUGGCACCCAGACUUUGCAAUAGACAGAGGCAGGGGUUACAGGCACGGAAAGAGAAUGUUGUGCGACAGAUUCAGCCACUACAUGCUGGGGACGUGAAGAAACUGGAAAACAAAAUAAAACAAUGUAAACACUCAUUUAAUGUCGCUGACUGUACAAAGGCAAAGUGUUGAAAAUGCAAAAUAGGAUAUCACAUCAAGCUGGUUCUGCAAGCUGAGCCCAAAAGAAGAACAGUUUGAUGGAGAUUUUAGCCCCAAACAACCAAACAUUUUCUGUCUAUUACAAACUUAUUCAAUUAAAAUAUGUAUUUCGUCAAUGUAUAUAGUCUUUUUUAUUAAUUUUAUUUGCUCAACAAAUAUGAGUGUGAUUAAAAAAUGAGAUGCCAUUUGGAGCUUAGGUGGAUCAGAUUUGCCCUUAAAAUUUAAGUGUAAUAGUCAGUUUCCACGGUGAUCUUACGAACGUCCUCCAUUCCAUCCAUUCAGCAGAAUAUGAUCUUAUAAAAUGAAAACUUGCAGCGUUGGUUGGUUUCACACUUGAGUUGUAGAGAUCAGACCCACUAGUGAAGGAAAAGAAGUUUCUCAGCGUUCCAAACUGAGUUGAAUAAAAACUGGCUCACAAAAUUCUCCAUUGUUACAAGCUAGCAUUGUGGGGGAUUCAUAUCCUCUGCAUACAUUCAGACAUCUUCAGUUAACCACUGCUUAGUCCUGUCUGUCUGUUUUCCUUCAUUGCUUUCAGCAAGAUGACCAUGUUAAAUCAACCCUGUUUGAGGAGGGUCACUAAUAAUAAUGGUCAUCUCUUGAGUUAGAUUUUUUUGGCAAGUACUUCACAUUCUUCUUACACAUUUCCGAAUGAUGUUUUUCUCCAGUAGCUUCAGUCGUACAUUGACCCGAUGUCACCCAUGGCUCCAGCUGCUGCAAAAAUGUUCUUGAAUAUUUCUGCCGGGAAACCUCCUGGUUCAGUUGAAGGAGCUGUGACACUAAAGAUGUCGGAUGUGAACCGCAACAGCUUCUGAUUUCACACAGGACUUCAAGAAAAUAUAGCAGGAGCUUCAGUUAAACUCACCUUUUUAUUAAGUCUGUGGAAGGACAGUGGCGUCUUCCUCUGUGUAAAUCACAGACGUGGUUGUAAAUGUCGGACUGGGAGUCUUUGAUCAGGGCCUGGAAGAAAUGAGAGAGGGAGGAUGUGGACAUUUCAUCUGAGCUGAGCAGCCCAGGUGUUGCCAGGUCAUUUUUUCCCAUCUUUUUCCCCCCUGUCUUUCCAAUUAGCCCAGAGACAAACACGUGAGAAAAUGGCAGUGAAGUUCUCAGACAAGCACAUGUACAAAUUUACAGGGCAUGUCCUCGUCAAGUGAGACAACAUACGAGAAAAUCCAUAGAUGAAAGAUCUGGAAGUUUUUAUCUUACUGACAAAAAAGACCUGAUAAUGGACAGAGCUGGAUGAAAAUGUGCUUCAUAAUUGGAGGUGGGGCCUGAUUAAAAAUGACAAAUAAUUGCAUUUAAGUAUUUGAAACCAUACUUAUCAAAUUUCAGUUGAAUCUGGAGACAGAAGCUUAAGUCAUUUAUGCCAUGUAUAAGACUUAGUGUGCCACAGAUGCGGUCGACUAAGCACAAAAUAGAAGAUGUUUUAAACAGUCACACAUGCCCACACACACGGCUUUGGUGUGGUGGGGGUAACAGCCCAGUAAAUAGCUUCUCUCUCUCUUCAGCAGGUACAUGCCAUCUCAUCCUGCUGUUUGAUAAGCACAGACACUUCCCUUUAGCACUGGCCUGACAAACAGUCACUUGCUGUUUACUACGUGUCUAAUGAGAAUCCUCACCCAAAAGCACCUCUGCUGUCAAUGUUUUCCAACCGCGCCCUUUCAUUCAUGUGUUAACUUUUGGUUUCUGUCUGUGUCAUUGAGUUUGGAUCCAAAAUCAGCAAACAACUUCCUGUUGACGGUGGAACACAAACACUCCGUAUAUGGACUGUACUCAGUUGAGAUGUUUCAUGCAUCAGUUCAGAUAGAAGAUUAAAUCAGGUCCUCCUUUCCAUGAAACCAAGCAACGAUAGCCAUAACAUUAUUCUGACCAUCAGCUUUGCUGCCACCCUUGUGUGUACCCAGGGAGCAGUGGUCCGAUGAAGAAUAACUGUUAACAGGCGACAUGGUUAUGGAUGGCUGAGGCUCUGUGAUGCAUGUAAGGAGAGGUCUGACCUACCAAAACUGUGCAAUGGUCAGUGUGAACUGCCUGACAGUAACUCUGUCUGCAGGGACAGUUAGAGACAGAGGACAUGUUGGCUGAAGAAUGUUGGAGAUGCCAAGUUAAAGGAGUGGAGGAAGAUGACUAAUGAGCUUCAUGGAUGUGGUGAAUGAGGACGAAAGGAUGAUCAUGAUGGGUUCUGUUGGAGGCAGAUACUGAUUUGCAGUAACAACCUACAAAGUGAAAUUCUGAAAGAAGACUUCAGAAUUUUAAGGUGGAUUAAUGUUGAGAAACAAACCUCAAAGGAUUACAUCGAGAAAAUGAGUUCCUCUUUCAAGGUGUCUCUCAUAAUGGGCACAAAAAUGAAUGCUAAGCUGGAGAGAGGUCAUCACUAUAACUAUCACUACUCACUGCCACUGGAAUUUCCAGGUCAUUAUGGCAGCUUGUGUCGUUGGCCGAGGCUUUGAGCAAAGGAGGAUCAGCCAAGUGGACCUUGUUCAGCUCGGGGAAGCUUGUGAAAUGUACGCUGUUCUAAAUUUGUGUGAGCGGUUGUCACGGGCCAAGUUGUUUAAUGAUGCUGUGUUGUGUUAAUGAUUAUUGAUCAUCCGACACACUUAUUACACACAAUUUCCACAACGUUUCUGCUCAUGUCUUAGACAUGUAUCUUAUUAUUUUCUGAAAAUAAGUUUGAUAAUUCAUCACUGAUAUUGAAGAGGGUUAAAAUGGUUCUUUGAGUAAUUCUUAUUUACUCAAUGUUGAGUUUGCUUGGAUUUUGAAAUAAUCUGGAUUGUUAUUUGGUUAUUGUCUUAUUUAUUGUUUUCCAAACAGUAUGUUGUUAAAUAUGAAACUUAUAUUUACAAAAAAACUCACACUUUUGCAAUUUUGAAUUAAGAUGAUGAAACGUGGUAUUAUUUUCAUGUAAAAUAUUGUUUGAAAAUCGGGGAGCAUAAUUUGUGAUGUGAAUAUGAGUAUGAGCAUAAAUUAAUAUUAAUGUUAAUAUUGUUUUAAAAAGAUAAAUGUGUCUUAAUUUUCAGUAGAAUGCAUUUCUCCCUUAAUUGUACUUGUUAAUCACAAGUUCUCAUAAAUGUGGGGAAAAUAACUUUUUUGGAAUUUAUUUAUAAUUUCUGUUUGUCUGUAUUUUCAGUGAAUCCUGUUGAAAUUUAGGGAAGUGAAGCUCCGGCGUCUGCUGCUCUCAUGAGUAUUCAUCACAUGCAGAGCCGCUGCCGUGAUCCUUUGUGAGAACUUCACAUGUCCAGUGGGAGUGUUAGUGAGUGUAUUAGGAGGUUAGUUACAGGAUCAUCUCCUCCCGUCAAUGAGGUGUGAACCCCAGACUUCUCAUGUCCCCCUGGAUCCCCUCCUCUUUUUUUAA